CGCGCGACACAUCCACACGGGAACCACGCGUGUUGUCAGGACCAGGGACCAGGACCAGGAGUAGAGACCAGGACCAGAGACCAGGGACCAGGACCAGGACCAGAGACCAGGACCAGGACCCCGGAGCCGCUCGAGUCCACGUGUGAUCCAGGCCUCGGUCCACCUGCAGCCGCAGCGAUGGGGGACCGCAGCCGGCUGUGCUCCGUGUGGCUCGGCUCGGAGACCGGGAUCCUGAAGGGGGUCAGCGUGUCCCGGAAACAGGCCUUCAACUUCUGCAACACCAGCCACCUGAGCCGCGACCAGGAGGUGCGCGCGCUGUGCUGGGGCGACGCGGCGGAGAGCGAGCUGCUGGUGGGCGCGGUGGACGGCACCGUGAAGACCUUCAGCACCGAGAAGGGCGAGUUCACCGAGAGCCGGCGCUGCGGGGAGCCGGACGACGGCUGCUUCGCGGGGCUGGCGGCGCUCGGCGGCGGCGGCGGCGGCGCGCUCGUCACCUGCGGGGAGCGCGGCGCGCUGCGCGUCUGGCGCGAGGACGGCGGCGCGCCCGUCGCCCAGCUGGACGCCGGAAGGAGCGUGAGCAGGAUGCGACGCAGCCCGGUGCGGCCCAGCACCGUCGCCGCCGGGGGGAAGGAGAACGCGCUGAAGAUCUGGGACCUGGAGAAACCCGAGACCCCCGUGUUCACCGCGAAGAACCUGCGGGACGACUGGCUCGCCCUGCGGCGGCCGCACUGGGUCCGGGACCUGGCCUUCAUCCCGGACUCGGACAAGGUGGUGACCUGCACCGGCUUCCACCAGGUCCACGUCUACGACCCGUCCUCCCCUCAGCGCCGCCCCGUCCUGGAGGCCGAGUACGGCGAGUACCCGCUCACCGCUCUGUCCCUGCCCGCCGACGGCAACACAGUGGUGGUGGGAAACACCCACGGCGAGAUCGCCCUGCUGGACCUGAGGAAAGGUCUGGUGCGCGGCUGCCUGAAGGGGCUGGCGGGGGGCGUACGCUGGCUGCAGUGUCACCCCACGCAGCCGGUGGUGGCGUCCUGCGGCCUGGACCGCUUCCUGCGCGUCCACGGCCUGGAGGACCGCAAGCUGCAGCACAAGGUCUACCUCAAGUCCCGACUCAACUGCCUCCUGCUGGCCAGCCGGGACCUGGAGGACGGGGCGGGGCGGGCGGGGGCGGAGGGGGAGAGCGAGGAGGUGAAGGAGGAGGAGGACGAGGUGUGGGACACGAUGGAGCAGGUGGGGGAGGUGGAGAAGAGGAGGAAAGCCACAGAGGAGGAAGAGGAGGAGGAGGAGGAGCCACAGAAGAAGAAGAGCAAGAAGAAGAGGAAGAAAGGGCAGGACUGAGGGGCGUUGAGGGGCGAUCAGAGCGUGGGACGUUUGAACAUCUGUCAAACUGAAGCAAGCGCUCACAGUAAAUUUGACAGACAAUGACUUUUUUCCUUUCAAAGAACGAAUCAGACAUUUUCUCACGUCAGUGUUUUUCUUUUUAGUUAAAGUGGAGAAAAAAUUUGUUUCACACAAGUUGAAGGAAAAAAUAAAAUCGGUAUUAUAUUUUCAUCUUUAACGUCCGCGGCCGAUACCAGCUUCAUGUUUUCUACAGGUUCAGUCGUCAUGGUGCGUUUGGAAACAAAAGUUUCGCUGCGUUCAAACUUGUAAAUUCAUAUUUUAUAUAAACAUGGAAAGAAAAAAAACAGUUCAAUCCUCAAGUGAAAAAUUUCUAUUUUCAGUUUUAUAAUAAAGUUUCUACCAUUGACGCUGAUUCUUAUCGGCUGGUGGUCGAAUAACCUUCAGUCA